CUCGUUUUCUCUUGGCUUAAGUCAACCACAAAGUUCGCCACUACACUCUCUCGCGCUCGCAACGGUUCUUGCCAGUUGCAGCUCCAGCUGGAAACCAGCCUCGAAACCGUUCGUCGUAUUACCGCGUCAGAGUAAAAACGUCUCCUACCUAACUAGGCUGAAUUAUCUUUUGUGCAUGUGUCUGCUCAAGAUCGCCGCCUCGUUUCCGCCAGAGCAGCUCCCCGUGAUGUAACCGGAUUCCGCAGUUAAACUAGAACCGUCUUCAAUCAUCGAGAAACUUGAUCACGAUGCCACGCGCCUCGAUAAACGGCUACCAACACGGACAUCUGCGUCCGUGUGUGUGUACAUUUGUACGCCCGUGCCUAUAGGACGCCAACCUGAAUCUUCUUGCGCCAGCGGCGCGGUGUGGUUGUUACAGGGGAUUUUUCGCCGGUUGUUGAGUGCCAUGCAGGGAGGCAAAAUAAAAGGCUUUAGUUGCAUAAAAUGACGGACGCAGGCGGCCUUCCCGGCCUUCAUUUUGCUCCACUUCGGGACCAUGGGGUUGACUCUUUAUCGGGCACUCCACCGGAAACAGGAGACGACGUACCGCUGCGAUGGAGGCAGUACGAAGAUUUACUGACAGCAGCGGCAGAGCUGUCCGGCGCAUGCGGCAUGUCUAGGCAGUGUGGAUUGUUUCGAGACUUCAUCCACCACAACAUUCCUCUUCUGAUGCAGCUGCAGACGGAACAGAGGAUCAAGGUGAGUGCCGCGCUUCCACAACAUCAAGUGAAAAACUCCGUUCUCCAGCUGGCGCGAUGCACCGGCCUUGCCAGAGAAAUUCCAGAAGGCUGCGUCCACGCCAGUGGAAACGAGGUCGAGGACCUGCCUGAUUCGGUCGCCGUUCCAAGUGUGGAUGGGGACCGACGAACUGUCUUGCUCGGAAAACGCGAGGGAACCGAGAUGGAGAAUCGAUCAAACGGUCUUUCAAGAGACGAGCGUGGACGCUUUGCGUCGGAGGGUUUGUUUCGGACUCAAAUAUCUCAAAUGGCGAACGCAAUGAAACGCGCCCGGUGUGCAUCUGGCUGCACCCAUCGAGCGCUUGAGGUGUCCAGACGCUUGAGUGGCUCGCCGGCACCACGAGAACCGGUUCCGGUCAUUUCUCCCGCGUGCUGCAGCGGAUGGUCCGGUAAAGACUUGUUGAAGAGAACGAGUUCUUCCUCUCUCGAGGGCGCGACGCAGGAGGUGUCGCCGAGCGGCGCAGCCGAAUGCCACGUCGGUCGUCUCGUGGAGAAAGUCGCUUGGGCAUGGAGUUGUGUGGUCCUCCAGGCACCCCGUCAAGACGCGAUUCACGCUUUGUUCAGUGAGCGUUUGUCUUCGAUUCGCCAGCAACCGCAUCAGCCACUCAUGUUGCCUCCGCACGUGGUGGGAGGCGUCAGUCCCGUCCCGGUCCCCACUGCUGAGGAGUACGUUCUGAUCCGCCUCGCCGCCUUUCAGAGAGAAUCUGAAAUCGAACCGUCGCGCGAUGCACCUGGCUUGGAACUAGAAUUCAAGCGGGAGACAGGGCCGCGAAAGCUAGCCGCCAGACAUGGCCCUGUGCAGGCGAGACAGCAGACGUCCGACGCCGCCGGAGGGUCUGACGCCUGGGCAAACGGAAACACCGUCUACGGGUCUCGAUUUGAAGCCACAGAAGUCGGCUUUUGCUGGUACCUUCUGGCGAUGAUUUAUGAGCGAGACGCUCGCACUACUGCGGAGACUGCCGAGGAGCGCUCCGUUCUCCGGAGGUGUGCCGCUGUGUGUUACUUCCGUAGUAUCUUGGCCUGGCCAUUCAUGCUGCAGAGCUGGGUGCGCCUGGUCCCGCUGGUUCUCACCGAGUCAACGGCGAUGUACUUGCUGUCUCUCCUUGUUCACCUCCGAGAGCCCUGUGACUCAAUCCAGGGGGACUCUCUCUUCCACGAUGAAAAGGGGCAAGCCGGGUCGUCCUCUGCUGCUUUUUCGACCCUUCGAGACAUUCAGCAGUUCCUCUUCUCUCCACGGACCGUCGCAGACAGCGCCUUCUUUGCCGUGGCGUUUCCGCGUCCUCCUGGGCAAGUAUCGAACCAGCGGGCGGUGCUCUCAGGUGCUCAAAGUGAAGGAAGAGAACUCUUUGUCUCGAUUCUUCAGCGACUCGCUGCUGUUCAACUCUGCAUGGCGAGAGGCGAGGCCAGAGACGCUUUGACGCUCCUUGAAGACUGGACCUUGUUGCCAGAAGGAAGCAGCUUUCUAGAAGAGAUAAUCGGCUGCUGCUACCUCCAGGCUGGUCAGCCCGAGCGCGGAGCCUGCUUCCUGCUGCGCAGCAUUCAGCAGUACCAGCUGCUGGAGCAAGAGGAAGAGUGUCUCAGGCGCGAGGAAGGGAAGGAGAACCCCGACUUGGCUGACGAGCAUCAGAAAGAAAUUGCAGAGGCCAGCCUUUCGAUCAGCUUGGAGCCUCCGGAAGAGGCCGGGUGUCGCUGCAGCAGUGCUCUGUGGCAAGUUGGUCGUCGCCGCGCGGCCACAGCUCUCGUCGAUUGGCUGCUGCAACGGCCUCGCGCCCAGACCACUUCUCAGCUCUGGGGAGCAGUGGGAAACCUUUUGUCUCUCCAUCGCAAGUCCGACGAGGCUCUCAAAGCUCUUUUUCGCGCGGUCGAGCUGGCGGAUGACUACCCUUAUGCAUACACACUAUGCGCACACGAGCUACUACAGCGGAAUCAGCGAGAGGAGGCGCAGGCGCUCAUCGAGCACGGCUUUCGCUCUCGAGGCCUACUCAAGUCGCUGCCACUGCAUGCGCUGUCGCUCCUGCUGGAGCUGCAGCGCCACGCGAAUGCAGAGGCGCGAAGGGGGAACCGUUUCUCGCAAAAUUUGAACCUCCAAGUGGAACAGGAAGGCCUCCCCACGUUGCCUGGCUGCCUUGCAGACCCGGCCACUCUGAGAGACCUCGAGAGACUGCAGCACCCUCAGACUCUGAAGAAACUCGCUGAACAGCUUCUCCGCAUUGGCCAGGCGCGGCGGGCCUACUCUCUUCUUCUUCGGGCUGUGCGUCUGCUCCCCGGCGACGGAGAGAUCUUUUACAGGCUUGGAUGUAUCAAGGCUGCUUUCCAGCAAUACGGAGAAGCUCUUCAGUUUCUGCAACGGGCAGCUAAGCUUGCCCCCCUGGACCCCGAUGUCGAGGUCGCUAUCGCUUGCGUGUACACCAAACUCCUGCAGCCGCGCGAAGCUUUCUGGCACCUCCAGGCGGCCUUGCGACUCACCACCGAUGCAAGAGAGCAGAAACGGAUCUCGGAGCAGGUGAUGGACCUGUGGAGCUGCAGUGGCGUAACUGAUGAGCUGCUCACCGGAUCCCGCGGGUGUGGUCGCCCACGAAAGCACAGACCUGAAGGCGGAACAGAUCCGGCGGAUGAAAUCUACGUGGACAGCCUCCAGGCAGCGGACACAGAAAUCACGCCUGAGGAAGCCGAGGGUAGUCGGAUGAGUUUGCCGAAUUCUGACAGCCUCGCUGGUGCAGACAGUUCUCACCAUUCUUACCAGGAGAUGCAGUUUCACCGGUUGCCAGAGCUGCAAAGGCUAAACGCAGUUCCUUUGAACAUGCUCGGAACCGUCACGAGAGACACCGAAGCCAAUUCAGGAAGAGAGUGGACCCACAUGUGGCAGCGGUCCGGCUUCUGAGGUUCAUGCCUCUAAAAGCGUGCAGGUCAAUAACGUGCAAAAACUGAGAAUGUGCCGCUUCUCCGGUGAAAGGCCAUCAUGACCCAGUGGCUAUGUGGUUGCAUGCCGGAAGAGAACGCGUUGUUCCGUGGACGGCAUGAACUCUUUUCUGCCUUAAGCUUUCGG